AUGGGGGGAUUACGCGGGCUCUGUUGCAGUAAAGGGGACAAAGGCGAUAAUGCCCAGGACGCCCCAGUCCGACCAGCCCAGCCACGCCCCGAGAGGGCCACGCAAAAUACACCGGCAAGUGUGAAAAGGGAGACUUCCUUGGCAGAUUCGACUUCCAGGAAAUCGAGCCCGGGUGUACCAGUCCAGGAAAAGCCGAUUCAGCAGACAUUGGCCAAACGUGAUCUAUGGAAAGAGGCAUUUGACAGCUUAGAUCCUUCUCAGCAGGCGUACGUUGCUGUUAGUGGUGUUUCAACUACUGCGGCUAUCGAUCAAGUGAUCAAAGAUACGACCGCCAAGUACGAACAAUGGCAGAAGGGCGGUUUGAAGAUUCGUCGAAAGGAUGGAAAUGAUAUCAAUAUUCGUGAUUGCGCUGAGAGAAUUCUAGGCGCAGCUAUGAAGGCCAGCGAGGUAAUCUCGACGGCUGUGUCUUUCGAUCCCACAGGCCAGGCAUCAUCUGCGUGGACGGUCAUCUCGUUUGGAAUGAGUAUUGUCCAAAACAGACUGGACCGUCGGGACGCCAUUUUCGCUGCCUCGGAAUUCCUCGCAGAGACCCUUUCUUACUACGCGUUGAUUGAUAUCAAUUACAGGAACCAGAAUGUCGGAAGUGAUCAUAACCUUGACCAAGCCCUGCUUCGCGUCUAUUCGGCAAUUCUUGAGUUCACUGUCGAAGUGAAAAAAGGACGGGACGAAAAUGAAGCAAAGCGCACCUUGCAGAGCGUUUUAGCUCUCACCGACCAGCCCCUUCAGACUUUGAAAGACGCGGUCAAUUCGCAGAGCGCGAUCGCUGACAAGUGGGCCACCUUGGCCGCUAAUCUCGGGGAUCGGAAGCGUGCGGCGGAACAUCUCUCGAAGACAGACGCGCUCCUUGCGGACAUGAAGAAUCUUGCGUCAAAAGCGCUGACUGCCGAGGAAGAAGCUCAACUCGUUUGGAUAUCAGACGCCCCUUACUCGGAUCGUCAAAGAGCUUUGCAAAAGAAGAGAACUAGUGACACCGGCCUUUGGCUUCUUGAUUCCCCCGAAUAUAACGAUUGGAAGACCGCCCCUGGAAGUCUGUUAUGGCUUCCAGGGAUUUCAGGCUGUGGAAAAUCUGUCCUCUGCUCUACUAUCAUCCAGGACAUACAAGAAGACUGUUCAUUGGAUCCAUCUAAGCUUCUUGGCUACUGGUAUUUUCAGUUCAGCGUCGAUGCGACGAAGAGCGCUGAUACAUUGGCCCGAUCGCUAAUUCGACAAUUGAGUCGAUCACCUUUGUUGCCGGCAGUGACGAAAAUCUGGGAAGACCAUCAUCUUAGGGGAAGCCAGCCUGGUUCAAAUGCCGUCUUCGCCGUGCUCUAUGAUCUGCUCUCUAAUGUGACUGGAGAUGUUUACCUAGUUUUCGAUGCGCUGGACGAAUGUCCGGACGAUGAAGAAUCUAAGGAAAGAGGCCCGGUCCUCGACCUCCUUGAUGGCCUUCUUGGGCGACAAAGUAAACAAGUCCGCAUUCAUAUCCUUGUCACUAGUCGACCUGAGCAGGAUAUCAAGGAAAGACUUGUUCGGUUCUCAAAGAUCGACCUAGAAGCCCACCUGGCCGAGGAUGUGAAAACUUUUGUUACCUCAUGUCUAACAAAACGCCCUUUAAACCGAUGGGAAGCUGAAAUUCAUCACCUAAUAUAUGCUGAAUUGCUGAACUCUCAAGAGAGACGUUUUCGGUGGGCAGAGUUGCAAAUUAUGGCACUUGAGAAAUGCCGCAAUGAAGAUCAGAUCAAACUCGCUCUGAAGACAAUACCCCAAUCGCUCGAGGAGACCUAUCGAAAAGUUCUAGACAACAUUGGUUCAAAUGAUGAGGCAUUAGCACGUCAAAUUCUCAUCAUCAUUUGUCUCUCGCCUGUGAUUCUUCACGCGCAGACGGUUGCGAAUAUGGUGGGGUUGAAAUUCCCGGAAGACCUUGUCGACAUCUGCACAACAUCGUUUAUCAGUUUGUUCGAUGAGAAAGUCCAGUUAGCUCAUUUCUCAGUGCAAGAGUUUUUGAUUGUCCCAGAGGAAGGUGGAGAAAACCACCCAUGCCAAUUUUCCGCCACCAAUGGCCACAAGUACCUCACGGAGAAGACUGUGGAUAUUCUUCUUGAGCAGACCGAAGUCUUAACCCAAAAAAGUGCAAAGAGCAACACCUUCCUCUACGCAGCGACGCACUGGGAUAUCCAUAUGACUGCUGCUGGAGGUAUUGAUCAGCUAUCACCAGAGCUACAGGCUAAGAUUAGCCGCCUCUUUACUGAAACUAUCGUGUACUUGAACUGGGUUCGGGCAGCCGGAAGUAACGAUCAAAGAGUGGACAAUGAGUGGAGCAAGCGGCUCGAGGAGUGUCAACCACCAAUUCACAGGGCCUCGAUGAUGGGCCUGGUCCAAGCGGUGGACUGUCUGCUUGCGCAAGGUGCAGACCCUCUUCAAACCCACAGCGUAACCUUGUCUUACUCGCUUGGAUGCGACUCCUUUGUCGUGGCUGCCAAUUCUGGGCACUUUGGAGUUCUACAAGCACUUCUGGAUAAAGCCCCACCUUUGGAACAAGCUGUGGCCGGGAUGAUUCUGGUUCACAUCGGCCAUAGCAAGCCCGGGGAACCCGGAUUGGCAGUCAUUUUGCAAAAGUUGUGGGACCUUGGUCUAUUCCGCAAAAAGUCCUCGGAUGUUGCCAAUGAAAUUGAUGAAAUGCUAGUAUGUCACAGCAUGAUGAACUGGCAAUCAGUGGCGCUAGACAUUAUGGAAAUUUUCCUGGAUUGGCAGCCGAGGGUAUCUGUGCCAAUGUCGGAUCGCAUUUUCCUAACCGCAGUUUGCAAAAGCACAGAUGUGCUCGACCUUCUCCUCGAGCGGUGUGAGUUCCAUAUCUCGUCGACUUUCUUAGAAGGGUUGAACAGCCCUGAAUUCAGCAGUGGUGAUAAUAGGACCAGUGGACUUGCUCUCCUAGCCAUCAAACGGCCUGAUGAGUUCCCCGUGGACAACAAUCUUUCUGAAAAAUUCGCCGGAGAUCUUAGCUUGGAAGAGAUGAAAUCUCUAAUGCAGGUACGGAAGUCGGACAUCUGCGUUACAGCAAAGGUCCUAGAACUGGCGGCCCUCAACACCGGACUUUUCGCCAUGCUGUGGCCUGACAGGGAACCCGGCACAGUGAUCACCGAAUUGAUGCUACGCAACGCUGUUACCAAUGAAUCCCAUUCGAGGGAAAUUUUGACUUUUAUGCAAGAGCACAUGGACCCACAGAUGAACUCAAACGAGGAGACCAUUCAUGAACUCGUGUCCACCGCUACAGACGGCGUCGCUACUCUGGAACUGCUUCUGGGCCUGCCAUCUUCCUCCUUCUCGGUAUCCGAGAGACUGAUCGAGAUCAUAUCCGCUCACAAAGAGGCAACAGAAAUGUUGAGCCUGUUAGUUAACAGAGGGUUUGAAGUCCCGAUCACGGAAGGAAUUGUAAGCUCCGCGGCCUCAAACCAGACACAAGGCCCUGCUGUCAUUCAGUAUCUAUUGAACCUUCAUCCAAAGCCUCUCCCAGUCACAGAAUCUGCUGCUGUAGCAGCCGUUCAAAACUCUGAACAUGGUGCAGAGGUUCUUGAAAUACUUCUCCAAGAUGCAUCGUCUAGUUUACUUACGGAUAAGGUCUUUGAAGAGGCAUGUCAGAACAAAGCUGCUAUGGUCGCACUCCUGAACCGACGCCAGAACAGUUUACCUAUUGAGUCGAUGCUACUCAGAAUUGCGGACGAUCAUCUCUUUGGCUGGGAUUCCGCUCAUUUUUCUAGAGAUAUUCUACAGGUUCUUCUUGAACGAAAUCUCGUGAACGUCGACGAAACCGUGGUGGAAACUUUGGCGGCCAACUUUUACGCCUUAGACGCUUUGUUAUCCUGGAAGCCAGAUUCACCAAUCACUGAGAAGGCCCUCAUAGUCGGUGCAAAAGACGACCGCUCGAUGCGUGUGAUGCUGGAGGCUGGAGGAAGUGGUCUACAUGUCUCAGAGGAUGUUUUGCUAGCCGCAACACAAACAUAUAACGCGAUGGAGGUGAUAAAGGUCAUAGAGCAUCGGUGUGGGCCGAUUGACGUUACUGAGAACCUUCUGAGAAAGGCUAUCCGGGAAGGGCCCGUAUCAUUGAACAUCGGACUUCUUCAGCGAGCGCCGGAGUCUCUGGUUGCACCAUUUCUUUCACCGAGCAUCUGGCAAGAUGCAGACUUGUGGAAUUAUAAGUCCAGAUGCAUCUUCCUGAUGGGCGUUUUCAAGAAAACAGUCUCAAGAAUCUCUGAAUCUAGGUCACUAGAUUUACCGUUUGAUCCCGAGAAAGAGCGACAUUCUCAGCUCAAGGAGUUGAUUCUCUACAGAGAGGCUGAGCUAUCAGAGCUACCUCCUGUUGAACUAGCCGCAGAAAUUCUCGCGGAGCUGUGUUACAACGAAACGAUUGAAAAAUAUUGUGAGGGAAAUCAAUUCGAAGUGACGGACCGUUUAAUUGAAGCUGCCGAGAGAAAUCGAAUUGCGGAUAAGGAGAAAUUGAAGUCAUUCCUGGUUCAAAAAAGAUAG